CAUUCCAUCUUGUGCUUUCUCAUUGCCUCUUUUCUCGACACAGCUGUUCGACAAAAUGGCAGUGACACAUGCCGACCUUGCACCAAGUCGUCCGAAGACUGACCUUGGUAGUAAAACAGGUGCCUUUCUGGUGGUCUUGUCCAUACUAUUUGGCCUCUUUUGCUUCAUUCUCUGUCUCAUUGCCGAAGUCACUCGUUCUGAGGUGACAUGGGUGAGCAAUGGAGAUGGAUAUGAAUGCACAUACAGUGGUAGUGGGAAGAAACCGCUCUUGUGUGCUGCCGCUGCAUUUAUGGGACUCGCGGUUGCUGUGGUGGUGCAACAUACAUUUGUCAUGAUUGCAGUCAGUAAAUCAACCCCUCCGUCUUUGGUUGCUUGGGACCUUGACUCUGCUCCUGCCAAGACCCUCACAUGGCAUGCUGCCUUUUUCUUUAUCGCAACAUGGAUUUGUUUUGCUGUUGGGGAGAUCUUGCUGCUCAUAGGACUCAGUGUCGAAUCAGGCCAUCUCAAAAACUGGACAAUACCGCGGCCAAGUUGCCUAACCGUCCGGCAAGGCAUGUUCUCUGCUGCUGGAGUGUUCGGGCUGAUCACAGUUUUCCUUGCGGCCGGAUUAUACAUAACAGCAUUGCGCAUACAGAGGCUAAUACAAGAGCAGGAAAUGGUGCAGCGAGAGGUACUAGAGGCCUCGGUCCUCUAUGCAUCUCCACCCUGGUCACCUCCACAUCGCCUCACAAGCGCUGCAAAUGAGAAUCCCAUCGUUAGACAAAACCAGAAUGAGAAUAUGACAUUGGCCGACUACUUGUCAGUUUUCGACAAGAGAUCCAGUUUAGUGUAAGGCAAGAAAAUGGUGCAUUGUUGCUGCCUCAAUGCAGGCAAUGACCAGCUGAUCAGAUUUUCUUUUUCACUGGAGAGAAGCAAAUAUAUACAUAUAUGUAUAUGUAAUAUAUAUGCAUGUAUACAUGUUUAACAUUGAUUAAUUUAGUUCUGUAAGUAAAGAUUGAUUGUUGGUGGUA